UUUAAUUCAAUUAAACAGGCUUACCAAUUGGUAAAUAUUAUUUCAGCAGAAUAAUUCAAGUAUCUUGGAAUCUGCGCACCCCGGUCCGAGCAGUUCAUCAGCGAGAAAGAAAAGAGAGAACACCGUGCUCGCUUGCGACAACAUCGUCCACCAGAUAGAGAAACACAACAUCGAAUAUCCUCUACACUGUCCAGGGUAGUCUCGCGCGAUGACAGAUUUACAAAAGACUCCCUUUGUACGGGAGCUAGCUUCAAGUGAUCGCAAAACUCGCGACAAAGCUCUAGCAUCCUUAACUCUUUUCCUCCGCUCAAGAACCGACCUGUCUCUUCUCGAACUGCUCAAACUAUGGAAGGGGCUUUUUUUCUGUUUCUACCACUCCGAUCGCCCCUUAACCCAACAAGCUCUCGCCCAGUCCCUGUCGUACUCGCUCGUCCCGACACUACCCCGGUCCUCGGUGCAGCGCUUUCUCCGCGCAUUCUGGAUUACUAUCGGGCGGGAAUUCCAUGCUAUCGAUCGACUCCGUCUGGACAAGUAUCUGCAUCUAAUCCGUUGCUAUGUGGGGGUUGGAUUUGAGGUAUUUCUGAAAGAUGGCGUGCGUGUGUCGGACGAACAGCAGGGACAGGGGAAGAAGAGGAAGAGAGAACAAGAAGAAGAGUCGCGUACAUCAGAGAAGGGCAAGGGCAAGAAGAAUAAAAAGAGAAAGGCAAAACAGGAAAGUCAACCAACAACCGAACAAUCCAUGGAGAACGAGGACGACAAAAACGAAACCGAAAACAAGUCCAAAUGGUCGGUUCUCUCCUCCUACCUCUCCAUUCUCGAAGAGGGACCCUUAUGCCCCCGCAAUUUCGACCCGGAUCAACAACAAAAGCAUGACGGGUCCGAUUCCUCCUUCCCCAUGCCGCACGGACCGGAUGGUCUUCGAUACCACAUUAUGGACAUUUGGAUCGACGAAAUAGAGAAAGUCCUCGAGUUCGACGCCGAGGAUGACAAUGAGGAUAGAAAUGCAGAGGGGAAAAGAAAAGUCAAGGGUGAUGUGCCCAUGGACCUUCUAUUGCGGCCGAUAGAGAAGCUUCGGACGGAAAGUCCACAUAAGCCCGUUCGGACCAGGGCGGCUGAGACGCUUGAUGACGACCGGUUGGUCGAAUGGGGGUUCAGAAGUAGGAAGAGCGACAGCGAGGGUGAGGACGGAAGCGAUGAGGAAUGGGGUGGGUUCGAUUGAUUUGAGUGAUGUUAAAAAAUAAAAGCGAGCUUUUGUGAUAUAUGGGGUUAGCUAGUUCUGCUAUUACCUGGGUAUUAGCAUCCAUGUCUGUCAUCAUUUGGUCCCAAGAUGAUUAAUUGGGAGCUUCCAUUUGGCUUCGUGUUCUGGUCGGUGCGGCUGGUGCAGCUGGUAUGGCUUGUUCAGUUUGUGGAGCAGUCAUCAUUUGGUCUAGAGAUAUUGUUUGAAUUUGGCCAGUAGUCAUAUUCUCUAGUGUUUGAGUCGGUCUUCUAAGCUGGUAAUCUGGUUGGAUUUAGGCGUCUUAGGGAUGGGAACAAUCUGAUGAAAUCCCACCAUUGUGGUUGGUCCUGCACCCCCCUCCCCUUUGGGUCUUUUGGUUUCAAAGCUUGCGGUGGGAGAGGGUGGAUAUCAUCGCCUUCAUCAAUUUGAAUAUCAUGGCUCCCAUGUCUUAUGAAGGUGGCCGUUUUCUCCUUCAUAUCCAACUAGGUGGCCAACCAUGGCUUGCGAUCCCAUUUCCUCUGCUUGAACUUCCGUAUGUGGUAGAGUUGCUUUAGCAUUUGGGAGCUUAGCUUCUUCGCAUUAGUUGUAUCAGUGGCUUUGAUUGGUUUGGGCCCAUCAUUCAUUUGAUGGAUGAUUGCCUGGUCCAGUAUCUGCUAGCCAUGGUUUUGAUAUAGUGUUCUGUUUUGGCUUCGGUGGUGGUUGUUGUAUAGCUUGGCUAAGGAAAUCAAGGAUUUUUCUGCAUCCUCUUCUGUACCUAGGGGAUGGGAAAUAGCACCAUAUAUGAGGUCUUAGGGCCCAA